AUGUUAUCAUCCUCCGAUGAUGGACAGAUGACGCCCCACAACUUUCCACCUGAAGUCUACAGACAGGCCAGACAGAUGUUCUAUUCUUGCUGUAGCGCAUUGGCGGCUGUAGGGAACAAUCAAGAUGUCGUUCAAUUGUCUCGAGAACAACGACUGCAGGGAGCUGAGGCAACAGAUGAUGGAGAGGACGAGGAGCUCAGCUUCAUGCGGACGGACCUCGUGCGAAUGUUGAAUGUUCCCGGCUCUCCGUUUGAGCAGCGCAGUCUGGCAGAACUGGAAGCAAUCUUUGAUUCACUUGACGCCAAUAAGGACGGCCAGCUGACACUCGGUGAAUUCACGGAGGGAUUCGGGCAUGAUUGA